UUAAGUGCUCCAUCGUUCGCCGAAACGAUGAUUUUGCCAAUUGCCUAACUUAGUAUAUUUAUUAUUAGAUUAGAUUUUGAUCAACGUUUUUUGACAGCUGUGCUUUGUAUCGUGUGUUAUCGGGUAUUUUUCUCAAAUUUUUUAUUGAAAUUGAAGUGCAGUAGUUAAGAUUUGUUGAAAAUGGCUUCACCGUUGGAGCAAUUUGUUAACAAUGUACGAACGAUGUCGGCGUCUGGCAACUUUCGUGAGCUGUGUGAAGUUAUAGGCAAGUCUGAUGAAGUGCUUCAGCGAAACAGCGCUCACUUGAAUACCGUGUUGGAAACUCUUGACAUUCAACAGCAUUCCCUUGGGGUUUUGGCAGUCCUUGUGGCAAAGUUUUCACUACCUCAGGGUACAAGUGAUGUAGACAAGUCCACAAUGUUCCAGCAAAUACAUGACUUUAUCAAUAAUUGCAACGGUGAACAAGUACGUUUUGCACCUGAUUUAUAUGCUGACGUGUGCCACUUGCUAACUGACCAUCUUGUAGAAAUGAAACAACCAAUUAGGGGAAUAGAAAUUCUGAAAAAAGCCAUUAGAAAAAUUCAAUUGUUUGAUUCCCAAUUGACAUCAAUCCACGCUGAUCUCUGUCAACUAUGCCUUCUUUCAAAAUGUAUGAAACCAGCUUUGGAGUUUUUAGACACAGAUGUUACUGGAAUUGGAUCUGAGCUAGGUGGAAACAAUGAUUCUAAGCAUUUCUUCCUUUAUUAUUACUAUGGGGGGAUGAUCUAUACAGCCAUGAAAAACUAUGACAGAGCUCUGUAUUUCUUUGAAGUGGUGGUGACUGUACCUGCUAUGGUGGUCUCACAUAUUAUGCUUGAAGCAUACAAAAAAUAUAUAUUGGUUUCUUUCAUCUUACAUGGCAAAGUUCUGCCUCUGCCAAAAUAUGUGUCCCAAGUAGUUUGCCGCUUUUUAAAGCCAUUAUCAGUGGCUUAUCAUGAACUGGGCACUUCGCAACACGCUGCUAUAAAGCACCGUGAAACCUUCGUCCGUGACAAAAACAUGGGAUUAGUAAACCAGGUGCUGAGCUCAAUGUAUAAGAAAAAUAUCCAGCGGCUGACUAAAACAUUUUUGACCCUGUCAUUGACUGAUGUUGCGUCGCGUGUUCAGCUGUCAGGACCCGCACAAGCUGAGAGUUACAUACUCAAUAUGAUUGAAGAGGGUGAAAUAUACGCAAUGAUAAACCAGAAGGAUGGGAUGGUAGUAUUUCUAGAUAGCCCAGAAAAGUACGCAUCGCCAGAGACCUUGUGCGUCUUAGAACAACAAAUGGCGGCUUGUACGAAGCUACAUCAGUAUAUUCAAGAAAUGGACGAGCAGAUACAAGUCAAUCCACAGUAUGUCAAGAAAUCUGCAGGUAGCCACGAUGAAGACUUGCCCGCAACGAGCCAAAACUCGAAAACAACUUACUCAAUGGUCAACAGUCCAGUCAAGCCCUAUAGUUUCAUAUCCGAGUUGUGAUUGAACAUCUAAAGAAUGCCCAGCUCCUUUAGCAAAAACUGUCUACAAAUAAAACUAUUUUGUUAUUAUAGUGAAUGGAUUUUAGUGAAGGUAAAUGAUGUGAUCAUAUGAUAUUGUAUAAAAUGGUAUCUAAUGAAGAUGGUGGUAGUUGGUAAGUUAGUCUGUCAGAUGUCCUUGUAAAAAUAAUGAAGUUCGUGUUAUCUAUAGUAAUACACUUAAUAAGAAAGUAAUAAAAUCACAGUUUUGAACAUUUUUAAGCAACAAAGCUGCAACAUACAUUUGCUUACCACUAGGGAUUAUAAAAUAUGUAUUCAUACCAUA